UAUUUACUUGUAACUGAGACCAAGGCUGCCUCCGGAAAACCUCCCAGAAGCGCUCUCUCCCAGAGAGAACCAUCUUAUUAUACUUUAAAGCAGAGAAAACACCAUCACAGUGUUGCCUCCCUUGCUAGCUGUAAGCUCCUUGAAGGCAAGUUCUGUUCCAGCCAUUAACAACCUGUUGUUCAGUCCUGUCUUCUUCUUUUAGACAAAGGUUUCUCCAUUUUACCAAUGAGGGGAUGGAGGCAGAUAGAGGUGACUGACGCGUCCAGGGUCCUACGGAUAGUAGUGAGGGUCCCAGGCCACAGGAACUCAGGAAGAAGUCCCCGCGCUUUGCUCGCUGAUCCCCCUGGCUGGCGGUUAACAAAACGUUACAGAUUGAUUGACAGCCAAGGAGCAGCAGCGCGUGAGCCCUACAAUACUCGGUCCGACGAGACGUCACGUGGCGCCAGCCCAAGGGAAACUACAUUUCCCAGAAGGCUUUUCAGCAGCCGCGCGCUUGACGACAGUUCUUCCGAGGACAGCCCGAGUCGGAUAGGCGGUGAAAUAAAAGUGGGAGGGGCCGCCCCGCGACGCGGCCUGUUUCCGGUGAGGCGCGGCUCUGGCGGAGCGGAGCGGAGCUUGUGGUGUUUCUUGAGCUCUCAAAAAAGGGAAGCGACAUGUCGGCGGCUUUUAAAAAGGCGGCCAAGUCCCGACAGCGGGAGCACCGGGAACGAAGUCAGCCUGGCUUUCGAAAACAUCUGGGCUUUUUGGAAAAGAAGAAAGAUUAUAAACUUCGUGCCAAUGACUACCACAAGAAGCAGGAAUAUCUUAGAGCCCUUCGUAAGAAGGCCCUGGAAAAAAAUCCUGAUGAGUUUUACUUCAAGAUGACUCGGGUUCAACUCCAGGAUGGGGUCCACGUGGUCAAGCAGCCCAAGGAUGAGGUGACCGAAGAGCAGCUGAAGGUGAUGAAGACUCAGGACAUCAAAUAUGUGGAGAUGAAGAGGGUAGCGGAAGCCAAGAAAAUUGAACAGCUAAAAUCAGAGCUCCACCUGCUGGAGGCCUCCGGGAAGCAGAAGAACAAGCACGUCUUCUUCUUUGACACCAAAAAGGAAGUGAAGGAGUUUGAUAUCGCGACUCACCUGCAGACGGCCCCCGAGCUGGUGACACGCGUCUACAACCGGCCCAGGAUCGAGACCCUGCAGAGAGAAGCUGUGAUGGGCGCCACGCAUCAGAGCCAGAUCCAGAAGCUGGCUAGAGAGAGGAAAAGGCAAUACAGCCUCCUGAAGCAACGUAUCGAGAGGGAGAAGGAAUUGUUUGUUAUUGCACAGAAAAUCCAAACACGCAAAGAUCUUCUGGAUAAAACCCCCAGAGUGAAGGUGAAGAAAGAAACAGUCAAUUCCCCAGCUAUUUACAAAUUUAAAAGUCAACGAAAACGUUAAAAGUC